AUGAGAAUGCUAAACCAGCAGAGAAGCAGAAGGAGGCGGUUUUCCUUUGUAGUCACUAAGGAAUGCGGAAAUGUUGCUGCUCUGUGUCAAACUUCUCCUAAGGGGGUCAAGGCAUAGUCAGCCAGCGUGGGAAAGGGAAAAAGGAGGAAAAAAAAGAAUCACAGUCCACAUACAAGCAUUAACAAUUUCUGAGUUAGAACAAAAAAAUUAAAAAUAAAAACUUAGUAGCCUAAAGAGCUCCUCUAUACGCUUUGAGCUCCAAAAACGUUUGCACUUGCACUGUUUUUGUUGUGUAUGGGAAACGGAUCUCCCUUUUUUCAUGCUGAUCUGCCUAAAUUCCUGCUGAAGCUGCUGUUGCUACUGCUGGAGAAUGGGGGUCCGAGCAUACACUGCGCCUCUAACUGUGUGGCCCGGGCUGAGGACAGUGCAUGAUCAGUUAACUGUUUGCAAAGUUCCAUUCACGGAGGAAGAGGUCGUGCACCGGAGUGUAUAGACGUUGCGUCCCACAUUGGAAUUGUCGAUUUGAAAUUAUAUCGAUCUGGUAAUUGGAAGAGGGUUGACCACAGAUACAAUCUUCGUGGGACAGUUUGUGAUUUUAAAACAGCUAUUACGUGAAAAUGCUUCACCUGCCCAAUUGAUGUCUUCUUUAUAAUAACUGCUGUUUCCUGCCUGCCUGGGACCCUGGUUCCUAUUACAACUCAUUCUAAAGAUGGAUAAAGAAAGCUCAACUCAACAGUACGAACCGGUUGCUGAGAUCGGCGAAGGAGCUUAUGGGAAGGUGUAUAAAGCACGGGAUUUGAAGAAUGGGGGUCGCUUUGUAGCCCUCAAAAGGGUCCGGGUUCAAACAGGAGAAGAGGGGAUGCCUCUCUCUACCAUCCGCGAGGUGGCAGUACUGAAACAGUUGGAAUCAUUUGAGCACCCCAACGUUGUCAGGUUGUUUGAUGUAUGCACAGUGUCAAGAACAGACAGAGAGACCAAACUGACCCUUGUCUUCGAGCAUGUUGAUCAAGAUUUGACCACCUAUUUGGAGAAAGCUCCACAGCCGGGUGUGCCUCCUGAAACCAUAAAGGAUAUGAUGUUCCAGCUGCUGCAGGGUCUGGAUUUCCUUCACUCCCAUCGAGUCGUUCACCGGGAUCUCAAGCCUCAGAACAUCCUCGUCACUGGCAGCGGUCAGAUCAAACUGGCUGACUUCGGCUUGGCAAGAAUCUACAGCUUUCAGAUGGCACUUACCUCGGUGGUCGUCACAUUGUGGUACCGGGCCCCAGAGGUUUUACUUCAGUCCAGUUACGCGACACCGGUGGACCUUUGGAGUGUUGGUUGCAUAUUUGCUGAAAUGUUUAGACGAAGGCCACUUUUCCGGGGGAAUUCAGAUGUUGACCAACUGGGAAAAAUCUUUGAUGUCAUCGGUGUACCGGGAGAAGGGGACUGGCCAGAUGAUGUGGCCCUUCCAAGGAGUGCUUUUUCUCUGAGAUCUUCACAGCCCAUUGGAGAUUUUGUACCAGACAUAGAGGAACUAGGAAAAGACCUGCUGCUUCAAUUUCUGACAUUCAAUCCAACAAAGAGAAUAUCGGCGUAUAGUUCUUUAUCACAUCCAUACUUCCAGGACCUUGAGAGAUACACUCAGAGCAUGGACUCGCAGAUCUCUUCAAGCCAGACGACCACAGAUGAGAAUGCAGCUUGAACACGGCCUGAAUAGAAGCAAGAUUGUAAAGCUUGAAGGAGCAUCUGGUUUGCUGGAGGUUUUAAAACUCAAACUUUGCCUUUUGGUUACGUAUUUGUUGGUAUAUAAAAUAAAUAAAAAAAGAAGAAAAAAAAUAAUAUUUGCCACAACACCAUGCUGCUUUAAGAAUAACUUCUCUAUUUUCUUGGGAUACACGCAUUUUUCUAUAUUGUUUACCUUCUUCCGAACAAUGCAAGGAUCAUUGCAGCUCCUCGUGUGUAACUGGAAGAGUGCUGGAGAUACAGAAGCUGCUCAGCACACCUACUGACUUUAUCUUGAAGAUUGCUGCCAGACUUCAAACACAGUCACUGCCUGUACACUGCCAGGGCGGUUUGGGUUGUUGUUUUUAGUCAAUGCAGCUGCUGAAACCUUUUUUGGAACCUUUUUCUUAGAAUGUUAAUAAUACUAUGGUAAUGGUUUUUUUUUGUUUUUUUGUUUUUUAAUGUAUAAUACAGUAAGUGUUACACACAAAUCAACCUACAAACUACAGUACUUUGUUUAAAAUCAAGUCUGCCAUCUUGUGGCUUCUAAGAACCAUUGCAACCAGAAACCAAUAGACAACUUAUAUAUUUGAAUGGGAAUUAGAAUACAAUGUAAUGUUUAGGACAAUGAACCAUGUUAUAACUUUAAGCUGAGAUAUUUUGUACUUUAAGGUAAAAGGAUACUAUACAUGUUUUUUCUAUCAUUGAAAGUCACAAUCUAAUAUCAGCGUGCAACUGAUAUGGGAAAUAAGAGUUAUUAUAAAAGUUAUUCACAGCUAGACGUGAAAAAGUUAGAAUAUUGGCAAAUCUCAAGAUUUACUGGUAAAUGUCGACAUUUACCAAGUAACAGUAAAUGUCUGAAAUAAACACGAUUAAACUUUACUUCGGACAUUUACUGGUAAAUCUCAAGAAUAACCAAGUGCCUUUACCAAUAAGCUUCGGUGAGUCAUAAGAUUAACCGGUAAAUGUCUGAAAAGCAGUCUAUUUCUUCAUAAUUCAGAACAUUUACAACUUUACAUGGUAAAUGUUGACCGUUACCGGUAAAACAUAAGAUGUACCAAAUUAGAACUUUUACCAUAACAUAUACAUGGAAAAGGAUUUAACAAAAUAACAUAUACACAAUCUAAUCCAUAUCAUUUUAUAUUAAAUAAUCUUAUAUGAUGUUUAUAUCACGUAAAUAUUUAAAAAAAAAUCAGCUAUGUAUAGAUAUCUAUUUUUCAUAUCAGUGUAGCGAUGGUGGAGAAGGUACUCUGCUCCCACUUAGUUUUACAGCUGUCUUUCUUCUAUAAAAGGUACAGCACAUAUAUGUGUUGCUUAUGUGCUUAGAAGGCAUCUUAGACUGCUACUGCAGAGGGAGAUGCCAAGUAAACCUUUCAGAUGUCCAUAUAUAUUUAGGAUAGACUAUAAAGGAUACAGUUCAAAACAACAUCCAGAUUAUUAUGUCCUUGAGAAGAAUAUCUGUUUCCUUACUAGUUCUUAAAUGUUAGCAGACUUUAAUACAUGCUUUUUUUAAAGACUUAAAUAAGGUUUAAUGUUCAUGAAAUCCUUCUUGAUGGUUUCUAAAGAGGUGUUUGAAUGUAGAGGGUGAACGGUAAAAGUUAGUUUUGUGUGAGCACAGUUAUAUGCUGAAGACAGAAAAAUACCUGUUUUAGAAAAUAAAUAACCAAUCAUUACAGUUAAGAAACUUCAUGACAGUUUUUUUUUUGUUUGUUUCACUGAAGCAAAAAACAAUUUCAAAAAGAUACCAUUAGUAUUUAUUUGUCCUUUCUUUUGGGGUCUGUUGUGUUCUCUCAGUGCAGGACUCCUCACACAGUCCAUGCUGAAUAGAGACAAUGCAGGUGGAGCUGGAGAAGCUGUCACCUUCACCAUUACUACCUUGACCUAUGAUCAUCCUAUUUAUAUACCUGUGGCUGGAGCCUUUAUUAAUAAUUUAAUCACUUACUCAAUUCAAUAGCCACAUCCCCACAUCUUUUUGCAGGGUGGCAUUUAACCCCCUUCCUCCCACCCAAUACUCCCCACACACACCCUGCCUCAUUGCCACAUGGUGACAGCAAUGAUUUUUAAUACAGUAUGUCCAUCAUAGAUGUCCAUUAUGGAUGAUUUCUUAGGAAUUGAAUCAUACAUUAGGCAGCACUAUGCAUUUUAGAAAACAAAUGGCCUUUCACUUUAAAUUGACAUGCUGAGCAUUCUCUUCCAGAGUGGUGCAGGCAUCCAAUGGUGUUGGAACCAUAUGGUGGUAUUUUAUAAACGUAAAAUAAAACCAUUAGUAAUUACAAUAAUCCUGCUCCAUAUGGGGCUUAAUUGAGAUCUGAAUACACUGUAACUGUUUAUUAUUGGUUAUUAACAUGGUUUGUUGUGUAGGCUGAUUAUCUAACUUGUAUUUAUUAUUAAUAAUACAUAUCACAGAGCUCAAGCCUACAUUGCACAUAUGAAAUGCUGAUUGUAUUGUGGUAAUUUCCCCAUACAGAAGUAGAUGUAGUGCUAUAAGGAAUGUAACAAUGUUUGAUUGUCUUGUGGAUGGCAUGAAGCUGAUGUGUAUACUGCAGAGAAUCAAUAUGUUGCCUUGGAUCGGGUCUAUUUUAUUCAGCAAAGCUUAGGUUUAAGGAGUGCUAUUUUCUGAGUUACAGAGUUUGUUGUUCAAGUACACAGUACAUGAGUUAGGAUUUUUUUUUGAUGAACUGAUAUAUAUUAGUAUGCAGUGGAGUUUUGGGGAAAUGGUGUGGUGGAAGGUCAUUCCCCAUUGAUCUCACCCAUGGGAAACCAGGCUACGUUAGUUAAAAUGCAAAUUCAGAUGGAAGUCAUUUGUUUUGGUGUAGAUACAUAGUUACUAAACAGGUCAGAUGGUUGGAAAGGUUAUACUUGCUACAGUAUUAUACCUAUUUUUAAAGGGAGGUAUUUUAUUACUAACUUCAGAGGGGAACUAUUUAUGUGACAAUGUAAAUAUCUGGAUGCCACAUUUAUAUAACACUCCCUCCCCACACAGACUGGCCCAUUUAUUUUGUUACUGCGGUAGCAACAUGAUGUUUAAAACUUUGAAAUACCAUAUGCCUUCAAACAUAAGACGCCCUCGAAUGUAAGAUGCAGACCAAAUUUCCCAACCUCAAUUUGAGGAAAAAAUAAACCAUCAAAUAAAUAUGCAUUUACAAAGAUACAACCUCAAUUACACAUAUGGAGGAAGUGUGCAGCCAUCUGCUGUCACACAGAGCUUUACAGUUAUGUGCUGCUUCUCGUUACUCAUACCUGUUUUUCUCCCAGUUUUUGAACUGUGGUAUUACUUGGCAUGUUGAAAAGUAUGGAGGUCUGAUCAGCAGUUCGCUGUCCAAGCUGGUACUGUUUGUUAGAAACGCUGAAAUUGUAAAAGCUUCUCUUUGAAUUCCUCAUGAAGACAAUGACGCUUCUUUGAAAAUGGCUGCGUGUAUGUCAUGGAGUAACGUCGGGCAGUAACGUUUUGGUUCGUCUUUUCUUGGUAGUGUGUCACGUUGCUGCUUGUGUACUCAGGCAGUGGCAUCUUUUGUUGGCGAUUUUAAUACACGCAUGGCUCAUACUGUACUCGAAUUUAAGACGCAGGAUAUUUUUGAGAAGCAAAAAAUGGUUCAAAAAGUGGGUCUUAAAUUCGAAGAAAUAGGGUAAUUCUGUAGAAAAUGAUAGAAGGGUGUAUGUACAAGGUCCAUGGCUGAAAGAAGGGUUAUAGUGUAAUGUGACAGGUGACAUGGCAGGGUGUUUCAGUAGCAACUUGAGCUAAAGAGAUACCUGCUGUAACCAGCCCUGAUUUUCUUUGUUGCUAAAAUGUAUCACCAUCUCUAUAAAUUGUAUGUAGUGAUGCAGAUUUUGUUUGAAUGUAUUUCUUUACUGUCAUUUAAGCAUUUUGAGGUUUUUAAUUUGCUCCAGAAGAUGGUUAAAGGGUUGGAAAUCUUUAGAUAAAAACAUCCACUUUAUUCAUUUGCAAAACUCUCAGUUGAAGAAAAAUGGUAAAACCAUUAAUAUUGUUUGUUUUUUAUUCUCUGUAGUGAGGAAACCAUUUUCCUUCACUGUUAACAGCACUGUUUCAAUACUUAUUUUUUAAAUCUUGAAACCCAUUAAACUUCUAUCAAUAUUUGAAUAUGAUUUACCUAAUCAUGAUUCACGGUCUUUUGUUUUACUGAAAUGUACAGAUUUCACAUUCUGUAUCAUAGAUCUAUAAAAUGCAAUAGUCGUUAUGGUGCUGUUUGUGGUGCUUGACAGAAGAACUAUAUGUUGGCAUUUUGUUGUUGGGUUCUGCUUUUCUAGUAUUCAAAAAGAGGUCUCUACACUGAGACAUGCUAUUAGUGUAGUGGUUCUGACUUUAUUUAUGCUUGGAUUCUGCAGAAGGUUUUCCAUUUAAAUCAAAAUGUUGUUUGUUUUUUUCCAAACACCAGUGACAUAAGGCAACCUAAGCUGUUGCCACUGCACAUAAUUUUACUGUAUAUCUUUACACUUGAAACUAAAUCCAAAAUAAUAUCAGAUUGUGGUCUAAAAUGUGCCAUUAGUGGUACCAUUCACAACCAAGGAUUCCACAACUGCCCAAGUCAUAGAUACCAGUAGUACUAUAUAGAGUUUUAAAUCUCCUCAUAAUAAUGUUUCAUAUGCUAAAGUGUAGCAAACAGUUUUGAUUUUAGGAGUUGAUUUUAGGAGUUUUUUAAGCUAACCUGUAUUUACAGAAUCUAGUUUGUGAAAAGGCCUGAAAAUUCAAAACAAACCAUAUGUUGUAUACUGUAUGAGUACAGUAUGUUAAUAAGCAGGAUAUGACCUAGUUACCAAGUCUGGCAGUGUGCCUGUAAAGCUGAAAUGUAGUUGCUGUGGAAAAAUAUAUAGCAAUAUUAAUUCCUCAGCAAUAUUAACUUAGCAUUUUUUUUUUAAAUCCAAUUAAGGACAUAGUGCACACUGCGCUCUCAGUGGUGUAGGAAAUGAUGAGAUGGGGUUUGAGACUGCAUGUGUGCAGCAGAAUAUCCUCGUUUGGUUGUUUUCCUCUUCAUUCAGUGCUUCAUGCAGUACCUUAAAACUAUAUAUUUCCAAAACAUCAUCUAUUUAUAUUACUGCAGUGGAAGAACAGCACAGAAUUCUUUCUAGAUGUUUAUGGAGCAUAUAAUGGACUUUUAUAAAACACACAGUUCUUACACUUUACAAUAGUUUGUGCUGGUAUAUAAUUAACAAGUACAUACAAUAAGGCAUAAUUUUUCAUAUCUUUAUCCUAAAUGUAUUUUUUUUUUAAUAAGAUCUUGAAAGACAAGAAUGAAAUGUUUUGUAUGAAAGGUUGUAAGCAUAUCAGAUUUUUAACUGCUAUAGAAAAUCCCAAAACCUGCAUCUCCACCCUAGUACCGAUGUGAAUCAUGUAUACCUCUGUCUUGUCUGAUGUCCAAACUUUUAUUGGUGUAGUGUAAAAUCAGUUGUGUGUUCUACUGUAAGGGCUACACAUUGUAGAUGUUAAACACAGCAUUGAAUUUCAAAUGCCAUUAACUUUGUAACAAUUUAUAUGAAACACACCGACCAUUAUGUAAGUGCCAGGACUUUCCUAUCGCAAUAAUACUUCAUUUGCAUACUGCCUGCUUUUUUAAUAAUCUCUAUGGUUUCCAGUUGCUCAUGUUUUAUGUGUAAUGUUUAAUUUCAGCUACCAAAUGUUUCUAUGGAUAUGAUAGUUUGGAAAAACAAUGAAUUAUUGUAGCAUCGUUUUUUUGUUGUUGUUUUGAUUAGCUAUUCUUAAGUCAUGUUUGCUGCUAAUUUAUGUCCUGCUCUGGUUUGUACCAUUUGCUGAUCAGAAAAACAAGAAUUGGUAAAACAUGCUACCAAUGAUAAAGCUGCUUUUAUUCAAUGAAUUUGUUCGACAUUUUCUGCUUUUGUGUCUUUUAGCUCCAACUGCUUUACAAUUUUAUUUUUAUAAAAUAAAUAUUUUAGUGUGUAAAAAGUUUAAA